AUGCUUUGUAUGGACCCUCCACUGCUGCAGUUUGUAAACAAGCAGCAGAAGGACUGGAUUGUUAGUGCAGAGAACAGCGCUGGAGAAAGAGGUACCUCGAGCAGGACUGUUAGAGUGAUCUCCAAUCAAAAUCUUCUUCACCUGCAUGAGGACCCUACAGACUGCACCAACAAGCAUCUGUUACUCAGUGCAGGUCGCAAAGAGCUCUGGUCUAAACUCUCGGCCGAAAUUAAAAUGGUACGUCUAUCCAGAACGCAUAAAUGUAAGCGAUACAAUGAGGAUAUUACUCGCAAACUGUUGGAGGAGCCUGUGAACAAUUUCUCAGUCCCCGUGAGAAGGCUGGGCCGGGUUCUCUCAUUCAGCAAGGAAUGCGGAUUUGGCUUCAUAUGCGAUUUGGAAACCAACAGAGACUAUUAUGUCAAUCGCAGGUCUGUUAAAUAUAAGGAGCUCCCCAGUUGGCUCCACAGCCGGUAUGCCAAUGAGACUGUAGAAUUCAUCCCCGCAGAGGGUACACUUGGCCCCUAUGCCACAGCAGUGAUUUGCCUGGGACAGCCCUGUAAUUUGGGGAAUAUGAAAGAUCCCGAAGCCUGGGAACCUGCUGAGGAUCCAGAGGUUGAAGAGGAAGAGGAGCUAGAACCAGAGAACCCUGCCACCUCUGUGAAGCCUGAUGUGAGAUACUCAUCCCGUUUUUUACCAAGCCAGAACGAGUAUGCCACUGGCUUUGCAGUCACUAAUAUUUUGUGGCAACCUGCCAUUGCCACCAGGGAUCCAGUUGUCCCCCCCAAAGCUAAGCAGAAGCAUCCAAGGGCCAAGCUGGAAGCCACAUUUAUAAUUGAAGCCUUGAAACAAACUAUCAGUCAGCUGGUAGAGGAUCUGACUUUGCAGCUACCCACUGAAACGUGGAGGAAAGUAGCAGAUUCCACAGUACAUACACAGCUAGCUCAGCACACUGUGAGCAAGGAGAGGCAGAAGAACAAGUUCUGCAUUUUGUUAUCCCGAACUGCAAACAGCCAUACCAGUGAAGAACUGACAUGGAGGCGAAAGGAGGAAACAAGGACAGUGCAAAACAAAGAGAAAUGGGUGCAGAAUCUUUCAGACCGGGUUCUCAGCCAGCCUGAGAUGGAUGUCCUUGCUAAAGGGUUGAAUUUUGCAAUCAUACCAAGAACCAUACCAAUAGUUGAUAUUAUUUCAGCCACUGAAGCCUCAAUCCACAGCAACAAAGUACCACAGGGUGAGGCAGAACAACUCCGCCUUAAAGUGUCUGCAGAUCUGGCCAGUGCCAAACCACCUCCUUCAAACUUGACUAGAGAAGAAAGGAAGGCGGUUACAUCCCUGAAGAAAGACACAAACAUCUCCAUCCUGCCUGCGGAUAAAGGAAGAUGCAUGGUUGUACUUAAUACAUCUGACUACGAUGCCAAGGUGACCACACUCCUGGAUGAUAACAACACAUAUGAGGCCCUAAGACGAGACCAAACCAGUGGCUACAAGAAGAAGGUUAUAGAACUACUACAACAACUAGAAAAGGACAAAAUCAUUGAUCGGGCCAUGUAUCAUCGCCUCUACCCUGGGGAAGCCCCUCCAUGUAUUUAUGGACUUCCUAAGAUACAUAAGGAUGGGACCCCUCUCAGGCCAAUUGUCAGCAGCAUCAACUCUGUGACCUGCAAUGUGGCAAAAUACUUAGCCAGAAUCCUAGCGCCCUUGGUUGGAAACACACAACAUCACAUACAGAACUCUCAGGAUUUCACCACCAAAAUCCAGAACUUGGUAUUCGGCACAGAAGAAACAAUAGUCUCCUAUGAUGUUACAUCCCUCUUCACCCGCAUACCCACUACAGAGGCAAUUGAAACAGUCAGGAAACAGUUGCUACUAGACAACACCUUAGGCUGCAGAACAGAACUUAGCCCAGACCAAGUGUGUGCCUUACUGGACCUUUGUCUGAGUACCACCUACAGGGACAAGUUCUACAAGCAAAAACAUGGCAGUGCUAUGGGAUCGCCAGUCUCACCUAUUAUAGCGAACAUGUAUAUGGAGGAAGUAGAAAGGAAAGCCCUGACCACUUUCAAGGGAAUUACACCGAGUCAUUGGUUCAGAUAUGUGGAUGACACUUGGGUUAAAAUUCAUAAACAAGAGUUACAGGCUUUCACCGACCACAUCAACUCAGUGGAUCAUAACAUCAAUUUCACGCGGGAAGAGAUGCAGAACAACAAACUGGGGUUUCUGGACUGUCUUAUAACAGUGGAAGAGGGAAGGAAGCUGGGAAUAGAGGUCUAUCGAAAACCAACAUACACAGACCAGUACCUGCUAUUUGAUUCCCACCAUCCUCUAGACCACAAACUGGGAGUCAUCCAGACUCUACACCACCGGGCAGAGAAAAUCCCCACCAGCACAGAGGCCAAGGCAAAGGAAUUCAAACACCAUAGGGCACUUAAAACUUGUGGGUAUCCAAAUAGGGCCUUUGUCAAAACAGAAGGAAGGAGAAGAAAGAGCACUACCAGUGAGGGCGAGAAGCAUGACAGACGGAAGAAUAUGGUUUUCCCAUAUGUAGCUAGGGUGUCUGAGAAACUCAAAAGGAUUUUUAAUAAACAUCACAUCCUUGUCUGCUUUAAACCCAGCAACACACUGAGGCAACAACUGGUUCACCCAAAAGACCCAACGCCUAAACACAAGAUGGACAACAUUGUGUACGCAGUCCAGUGUAAUGAGGAAUGCUCAGAACUGUAUAUCGGCGAAACAAAACAACAACUACAUCAGCGUAUGGCUCAGCAUAGAAGAGCCAAAACCUCUGGUCAAGAUUCAGCCGUGUACUUACAUCUAAAAGAAACAGGUCACACCUUUGAAGACAGUCAAGUACGUGUUUUGGAUAAGGAGGCCGAUUGGUACAAACGAGGUGUGAAGGAGGCC